AUGACGAUGGAUGAGACAGAUCGACGGCGGCCCCUGUUGUUCCAGUUGCGCCGGCAGCUUCAAGAGGAUGAGAUUACGUUUGAAGAGGCGAGGCGCACGAUUGUGGAGUUGGAAGGGACGCUGGAGAAGGUGACUGCACCGGCCAAUCGGGUGGGGACGUUGUUGGCGCCGCCGGAAAAUGGCGUGGCGUAUAUUACGGUGGGUGGGUCGGAGUAUUAUGCGAAUGUGGAUGCGCGGUUGGAUGAACGCCGUUUGAAGGUGGGUACGCGGGUGCUGGUCAAUGAGGCAUUUGCGGUGGUGGGCGAUAUGGGCGAGUCUCCGUCGGGUACUGUGGGCAAAAUUGUCGAUGUGCUGGACGAUGGGCGUUUGCAGGUGGGGCAAGAACACGGCUCGCAGACGCAUAUUUUGCUGCGCGGGGCCGAUUUGGUGCGCGAGUCUUUGAAGGCGGGCGAGGAGGUGCGCAUCGAUCCCCUUUUUCGCGUGGCGCUGGAAAAGAUGCCGCAUUCCGAGGUUAAGGAUUUUUAUUUGGAGGAAGUGCCCGAUUUGCCGUGGGAAAAGAUCGGUGGGCAAAAAGAUGCGAUUCAGGCGAUCAAAGAUACGAUUGAGAUGCCGGUGUUGCAUCCAGAGUUGUUUAAGCGUUUUCAGUAUAGUACGCCCAAGGGGUUUUUGUUAUACGGUCCGCCGGGGUGUGGCAAGACGCUGAUUGGGAAGGCGACGGCGUAUAAUCUGGAGAAGCAGGUGCAGGAAGAUGGAUUGAAUCUCAAGGCGUGUUUUAUGCAUAUUAAGGGGCCUGAGAUUUUGAAUAUGUGGCUGGGGGAGUCCGAGCGCAAGGUGCGCGAGAUUUUCUCUCAGGCGCGCGAGAAGCGGCGCGAGGGGUUUUUGCCGGUGGUGUUUAUCGAUGAGGCGGAAUCGGUUUUGGGUACGCGGCGGGCGAUUCGGUCGCACAAUAUUUCAAAUACGGUUGUGCCGAUGUUUUGUGCCGAGAUGGACGGGAUCGAGUCUUUGCAAGAUGUGGUGAUUAUUUUGACGUCCAAUCGGCCAGAUUUGAUCGAUCCGGCGAUUUUGCGCCCGGGGCGUAUUGAUCGGAAAAUUAAGGUGAAUCGGCCAGACGAAGAUGCGGCGCGCGAGAUUUUGGGUAUUUAUUUGACGGCUGAUUUGCCGGUGGCAGAGGGUGCGUUAAAUGCGCAGGAUGGCAAUGCGCGGGCAGCGGUUGACGAUUUGGUGGCGCGGGCGAUUGCGGAGAUAUAUGCCAAGCGCGAUGAUACGCGGUUUUUAGAGGUGACGCUUAGAAGCGGUCGCAAGGAUGUGUUGAGCCGCGGGGAUUUGUGUAGCGGGGCAAUUCUCGAGUCUAUUGUGCAGCGCGCGAAAGAGAUUGCGAUUAAGCGGUGCAUUGCUUCGGGUUCGGUAGAGGGGAUCGGUUUUGAGGAUUUGCUCGCGGCGAUUGAGAUGGAGUAUGGCGAGAAUGAGAUUUUUCCGCCGACGGAUAAUACAGAGGAUUGGUUGAAGUUGCUGGAUUACGAUCCCGAAAACGUGGUGCGCGCAGCACCGAUUCGCCCCAGGCGAGAACGACGCACCCACAGGCAUGGUGUGGUGUGA